CAUUACUUCCUUAUAAACAAAUCCCUCUGUGACCAAUAGAACCAUGAAUUUAAUUUGUUGAGCAAGUCUAAAUGACGACACCUGUUUUUAUAAUUUUUUUUAAAAAAAAAAGAAAUCAACUUUUUUCACUAUAUACAUAAACCCUAUAGUAGAUCAACAUUAAUGCAACCACUAAAAGAAUAAAGGAUUGGCUCGCAAUCCUUUCAUUCCAAAGAAAAGAGCCAUGGCCUACCCGACAACAGUCGGAACAACCACCAUAACCAACGGUGUCACCGUUGUGGAUUGCCAGAAACAGGUCCGAUCAUGGCGGCUUCUCCGUUCUCUCAUGGAGCUUCUCAUACCAAGCUGCACCAACUGCACCACCUUCAUAGAUGAACAACAAGAUGAUCAUCACCACCACCAACAAACCAAACAAUCGCAUAAUAAUCCAUAUCAGCCUUGCUUUUCCACUUCCAACAUCGUCACCGGAACCAUUUUCGGAUAUCGAAAAGGGAAAGUCAGUUUCUGUAUCCAAACAACAUCCAAAUCCACCAAACCUAUCCUCCUUCUCGAAUUGGCUAUCCCCACGACGGUUCUCGCUAGAGAAAUGCAAGCAGGGUUUCUCCGGAUAGCAUUGGAGUGUGCUACCCCGGGAUAUGGUUAUUCCGAGUGUGGGAAUUCUUAUUCCAUUUUGUCCAUGCCUGUUUGGACUAUGUAUUGCAAUGGAAGGAACGUUGGUUAUGCAGCCAAACGCAGGCCUUCGAAGCCUGAUUUGGAUGCUUUGAGAUUGAUGGGUUCGGUGGUGGCCGGUGCCGGAAUCAUUAACGGGAAAGAGCUUGAUCGGCCGGAAGAUGAUGAGCUUAUGUAUCUUAGAGCAAACUUUGAGAGGGUUUAUGGUUCGAAAAAUUCGGAAUCCUUCCAUUUGAUUGACCCGGAAGGUACGUGUAUGGGUCAGGAGCUUAGUAUUUUCUUUUACCGUCCACGGUGAUUGAUUAAUGUUUGGGGUAUUAAAUGUGUGAUGUGUUUUUUGCGUGUAAAAUUGUAAUUCAAACUCAAUACUCUCCUUUUUUUGAGCCGUGGUAUAUAUAUAUAUAUAUAUAUAUAGAGCAUGGCUUUUCUAUUUGGGGGUAGUAAUUAAAGUUUUUUUCUUACAAGCUUUAUUAAUUAUAAUUGGAGUUGGGAUAUUUAUUGCAUUUUUGGGCCGCAUCAUCAUAUAUAUAUAUAUAUAUAUAUGUGUGUGUGUGUGUGUGUGUGAUUAUGUGACGUCUUGUUCAAGAACUCGAUCCUAAUAAUUAUUUGUAAGAAAGUUGGGAAUA